AUGUCGUUUUUCAAGAACAUCACCGACAAGUUUGACAACUUGAGCAUCGGUGACAGCAAACGCGACGAGGCGCAAGGUACACGCGACUAUGGCUACCACGGCCCUGGCGACAACCCCCCUCCCGCGCAGUACGUCGCGUCGCCCCCUCCGCCCGCCUACCAGCCGCCGUCAGACAAGCCGCCCAUCCCCAGCGGCUGGACUCCGCUGUUCGACCAGAGCCACCAGCGCUGGUACUACGUAGAAGAGGCCACCGGCCGCUCUCAGUGGGAAGCCCCCGGAUACACUCCCCCUGCCGGCGACGACUCGCGUGCCGGCUUCGGCGCCCCAACCGGCUAUGGCGCUCCUGCCGGACCGCCGCCCCCGGGCUACGGCGGCGGCGGCGGCGGAUACGACCAGCAGCCCAGCCAGGAAAAGAAGGGCAGCGGCAAGGGGGGCAUGCUCCUCGGCGCGGCGGGCGGUCUCGCAGCCGGAGCCGUCGGCGGCGCGCUGCUGCACCACGCGCUGAGCGACUCCGACUCGGACAAGGAGGAGCACCACUCGUACGCGGCGCCGGCGCCGUACCAGCCUGCCCCUUACCAGCCGCAGCCCGAGUACUACCCGGAGGCGUCCUACGCCGCGGCGGUGCCCCCGCCGGUCCUCCCGCCGACGGACGCCGACGGCAGCUCCGUGUCGUCGAGCGACAGGGAGGAGGUCCAAGAGGCGCGCGAGCGGUACGAGGAGGCGCUGGCGGACGCGGCCGACUCGGACGCCAGCAGCAGCGAGGAGGAGAAGCUGGAGGAGGCGCGCGAGGAGUACUACGAGGAGUACGAGGACACGUACGGAGGGGACGACGACUAUUGA